GUCACUAGAGGCGCCCUACCUCAAGACGUCAUAUCCGGUGACAUCACACCGGGAACAGGAGAAGAACAACACUCACGCUAAGAGCAACACAAUCUGACUGUAAUAAAAAAUGUCCCGUCGAUAUGAUUCCAGGACGACCAUCUUCUCGCCUGAGGGGCGCCUGUACCAGGUGGAGUAUGCUAUGGAGGCCAUUGGCCACGCUGGCACCUGCCUCGGAAUCCUAGCCAAUGACGGCGUGUUGCUGGCCGCUGAAAGGCGGAACAUUCACAAGCUGUUGGACGAAGUUUUCUUCUCAGAAAAGAUCUACAAACUCAAUGAAGACAUAGCGUGCAGCGUGGCUGGAAUCACAUCAGAUGCUAACGUGCUUACCAAUGAACUGAGGCUAAUAGCCCAGAGGUACCUGCUGCAGUACCAGGAGCCCAUGCCCUGUGAGCAGCUGGUCACAGCCCUGUGUGACAUCAAACAGGCCUACACCCAGUUUGGAGGCAAGCGUCCGUUUGGAGUGUCUCUGCUGUACAUGGGCUGGGACAAGCACUAUGGGUUCCAGCUGUACCAGAGCGACCCCAGCGGGAACUACGGCGGCUGGAAGGCCACCUGCAUCGGCAACAACAGCGCCUCUGCGGUGUCCAUGUUGAAGCAGGACUUCAAAGAGGGCGAGAUGUCUCUGGCCUCAGCGCUGGCCCUCGCUGUCAAAGUCCUCAACAAGACCAUGGACGUCAGCAAGCUGUCCGCCGAGAAAGUGGAGAUCGCGACGCUGACCCGGGAGAACGGCAAGACGUGCAUCAAGGUGCUGAAGCAGAAGGAGGUGGAGGAGCUCAUCAAGAAGCACGACUUGGAGGAGGCCAAGGUGGAGAAGGCGAAGAAGGAGAAGGAGCAGAAGGAGAAAGACAAGUAGUCCGUCCCCAAGGCUGCCUCCACCCUCGCCUCCUAUAUUAAGUUUACCUGCGUGUGUAUGAUUGUGUGAGCUCAGUUGACGAGUGCACUGUGUGAAAUGCCAGAAGCACAUUGUUGCUCUACUUGUGUCGUUUUUUUUCUUAAAAUAAACCCGAAUGAUUGAUCAGGUACAGAGUUUUUGAUUUGUUCUUUAACACUAUCUGUCACACAACCCUUGCUCCAUAUGAAUGCACAGCACGGGGAUCUUUGUCGUACUUGAAGGUGCUUAGGUAAAAACAUCCACGAAUUGUAAUGUAUGAUAUUACAUUGCUUUUAUAGUUACCACAUGUAGUGGGUUACCCUGAAGAUAUCGUCAUCACUGCUUUUCCAUAGCUAAAAUGGUACUGGUUUAAUAAUGCAGAUAUGUUCAGGGCUAUGUUUGAAGAAGAGAUGGACUCUUAACCAUCGUAUUGGCCUACUUAUGGCCCAAGUUAAGUUCUUGUUCGUCAUGAGAUCCCAAAAAAGAUUUGUAGCCUCGAAGUGCACACUUUCCGGAACAUUUGAGUAAAUAAUAUGUAUAUUUUAUUUGUGAAUAAUGUGAUAUUGUUUUUGACAUAAGUAUCAAUGGUCAUUUUAUUGUGCCCCCUUUUUCGGGAAUACAGUUGGGCUACUCAAUUAUAACUAACUCAAGCCAAUACAAAUACCUAACCUGAUUCGUCUUGAUAAAGCCGUCUUGGUGUAUGGGUAGAGAAUUAUUUGUAGGAGUAGGCUAGGCUAACGAAACCGAGAAACGAUGGCAAGCAGCGUCAGCGAAUUCCUGGAAAUAGGAUGUUAACCCUAAACCUAACCCUGAUCUAGGAAGUGGCUAUCAUCCCCAUGCUUGAGAUGGAGUUAUGUUCAAUCAAUGUGAAAAUAUAUCACAUUCUAUAUAGGCUUAAACUAAUGUGUUACCUACUGACCAACUCUGUCUCUUUCAAUCUUGCAACGUCUAUCUACACGUGACUUUGUUAAAGUAGUUUAAGUGCUCCAAACCGCUCUCAAUAGACGGAUAUGUCUGUAGGGCAAACUACACGUCAUUGGUCUGCAGAACAUGGUAGUCACUUUAGAGUUGAACAGACUGCAGAUUACUGGAGUAUUUGGAAUAAAUCAGGCCAGUUUCAAAAUAAUUUUCAGAGCUCUAUUAUAAAAGCCUAUUUUAUUGAAAGAAAAUGACUUCAUUCAGAUAUGCAUUUUAUUUAUCUCCCACACGAAGAAAUGAAGGCCUAUCUAUAUUAUUCAUGUGUGUCAUAAAAUGGUUAACUCUUAACCGUAAACCAUGACAGCCUGACCCCACCCCUCCCAAAAAACACAGAAA